UACAGCUUCACUAUACGCCGCCGCCAUUGCAUCAUCAAUGUCAAACUCAACCUUGUCCCCUUUGAUGAGUUCCUCCUACUAGUCCAUUCCAACCAAAUUAAUUAAACUUACCCCACAAACCCACUUCGCAUUUCCAAUUCCAAUUCCGAUCUCUCUCUCUUUCUCUCCAGUGAAAAAUAUACUCGUACUCCUAGAGAAGAAAUGGGGUUCUUCGCUACGGCGCUUCUCGCCGUAUUCUUCGCAUAUGCCGCCGCCAUUGCAUUAACAGUCGAGUCAUUCAACUGCAGCGGCAGCUCAGGAACCACCUGCAAUGGCCUAGUCGGCUACGUGCCCGCAAACGCCACCACUCUCUCCAACAUAACAACCCUCUUCGCCAUCCAAAACAGCCUCAACUCCCUCCUCGGCGCCAACAACUUCCCCCUCACCACCGCACCCAACCAAUCCGUCUCUGCCCAACAGACCGUCAGAAUCCCAUUCCCCUGCAUCUGCAGAAACGGCACCGGAUACCCCGUGAAUCCCCCGGUGCACACGGUGGUGUCCGGCGACACCAUGUCCAAUAUAGCGACGGUGGUGUUCUCGGGACUGGUGACGUACCAGCAGAUCCAGGCUUUUAACAAUGUGACGGAUGCGAGCUUGAUUUUGAUCGGGCAGGAAUUGAAGAUCCCGUUACCGUGUAGCUGUGAUGAAGUUGGGGGAGAGAGGGUUGUACAUUAUGGAUACGCGGUGGAAUCCGGUGACACGGUGGGAGGGAUUGCUCAGGAGUUCAAUACCACAGAGGAGACCCUGCUUGCUCUUAAUGGCCUUAGCUCUCCCAAAAAUCUCUUGGCUAAUGUUCCUCUUGACGUUCCCCUUAAAGCUUGUACAACCAUGGUGGGCAAUAACUCACUAGAUUACCCUUUACUCGUGGCUAACGGCACCUACAUCUUCACUGCUGGCGAUUGUGUGAUGUGCAGUUGCAAUGCAGCAAACAACUGGACAUUACAAUGUGAGCCGUCCCAAGCUCAAUCAACUCUCUGGACAACGUGCCCUUCUUUGCAAUGCCAAGGCGCAGAGAGCUUAUACAUUGGAAACACCACAACUUCAAGUUGUAAUCGCACGUCGUGCACAUAUGCCGGUUACAAUAACCAAACCAUCUCCACAACCCUCACGUCAUUGUCCACUUGCCCAGUUUCUGGUAAUCCUCCAGCUCCACCGGCUUCUGAUGGUAAUAUCUAUGUUCCAAAAUUUAGUUUGCAAGGCCAGAGUUGGAGCUUCGUUCUCAUGUUCAUCCACUUGGUGUUGCUGUAUCUUCACCUUACGUAGUGAGAUGGUUGUUUAUUUUAUGAGAUUUCUUUGAAUCCACAAUCAUUUUUAGGUCCACAUGUGAGGAAAUAAACUGUUUUCACAUAGACGUCAGUACUUGUUAGUCAAAUUUUAUCUUCUUUUUUUUUUCUUUUCUGUUUCAUCGGAAAUUCUAUUGGCUAUUUAGCCAUGUUAAAAUGGUGACACUGUAAUGCAUAAUGCAUAAUGCACUUGGGUUUAGCAAAAA